AUGUCUGGUCUAUUCGGCUCUGCCGCUGCCAGCGCCGCUGCCUCGACCACGGUGGGCGACCUGAAGCAGGACGUGGCCCUCAGCGAUCCCCCUUCCGACAGCAUCUCCGCCCUUUCCUUCUCUCCAGCCCCCAACGGACCCGACUUUCUCGCCGUAUCAAGUUGGGACAACAAGGUCCGCAUCUACGAAAUUGCUCAAAACGGCCAGAGCCAGGGCCGUCACGCGUUUGAGCACAGCCAGCCCGUCCUGGGUUGCGAUUUUUCAAAGGAUGGAACAAAAGUCGCCUCUGCUGGCGCGGACAAGAACGUCAAAGUCUGCGAUCUGGCAUCUCAGCAAGAUGUUGUCGUGGGCACACACGACCAGCCUGUACGAAGCGUGCGUUGGUUCGAUAGCGGCAGCGGCACAAUGGUUGUGUCUGGAUCUUGGGACAAGACUGUGAAAUACUGGGAUCUCCGGCAACAACAGCCCGCAGCUACUCUGGCUUGCCAAGAGCGCGUGUACACCAUGGAUGUGCAGCAGAAUCUGCUGGUCGUCGGCACGGCUGAUCGCUACAUAAACGUCGUCGACCUCAAAAACCCAACCAAAUUCUACAAGACGCUGCAGAGCCCUCUGAAGUGGCAGACCAGAGUUGUCAGCUGCUUUCCCGACUCAAGUGGUUUUGCUAUUGGCAGUAUCGAGGGUCGCUGUGCUAUUCAGUAUGUGGAGGAGAAGGAUGCUACAUCCAACUUCUCAUUCAAGUGCCAUCGCGAUCCGGUCCAAAACAACGUGGUCAACGUGCAUGCCGUCAACGACAUUUCUUUCCACCCCGUUCACGGCACCUUUAGCACCGCUGGAUCAGAUGGCACGUUCCAUUUCUGGGACAAGGAUGCCAAGCACCGUCUCAAGGGCUAUCCCAACGUGGGUGGUAGCAUCACCUCAACCAAGUUCAACAAGACGGGAAGCAUCUUCGCCUAUGCCAUCUGCUACGACUGGAGCAAGGGCUUCCAACAUAACACUCCAAACUACCCAAUCAAGGUCAUGCUGCAUCCCGUUAACAACGAUGAAUGCAAGCCUAGACCAUCAGCUAAGAAGAGGUAA